GUGGUGCUGCAGUCCGGAAGACUUGGGAUCUAGUAGGCGGAGAGAUAUCUGAAGAUCUCAUUAUAAAUACACACUAGAGAGCUAUGAAGGAGAGCCAAGUUGUCACGAAUUAAAUUCUGGACUGGAUAUCCCAUUAUGUGGAAGAAAUGCACAUUCCAGUGAUUGCUCAGUCCCCAUGAUUGUUUCAUCAUGCAUCCCCAAUCCUGCCAAGAGACCCAGGAAAACCAGGUGCUUUACGGCUAUCCUGUCAACAGCAACCAGUAUGGGCAGCCAGUCAGUUGGAAAUGGCCAGGGAGUUCCAAGUUCCCAAGGAAUCCCAAGUUCCAAUUUCAACCAGCAGGUCAAUUCCAGUCAGCAUCACCUUUCAUCACAGCAUGGAACAUACCCCUCACAGGCUAGUUACCAUGGAAAUGGAUCUCAUGUAAUAUCAUCACCAAAUUGGAAUUCUGCUUGCCCACCUGCAGUUUCAGCCUCAGUCUCAACUUCAGGUCCUUAUUACAGUUCCUGUGGAUACAGCAUUCAACCAGACAAUUCCCAGAUGGUACAGUCACAUCAAGGAGCUGUGGCACAACCUACACACACACAGCACCGGCAUGCGAUAAACGGCUCACAAAUGCCUGUGGCACAAAGCACCACUAGGCAACCUCAAUCACAAAUAACACAGAACUGGUGUGUGCAGACCAACUCACACACAAACAUAAAUGUUGUCCCAAAUGGAAGUGUCCAACCUCAGACAACUGUUAACAAUCUGAAUGUCAAUAGAGCAUCUCACUCAGCAGUCAAGCAGUCACAGCAGUCAAGCUGUGUUACAGUUAAUAAGCAGAAUGUUCAAAACAGAUCUGCUCUCACAUGUCAGGCUAUGGCCCAGUUGGAGUCCUUCUGUCUACAUUAUAUUUCAAACCAAGACCGGUAUGGACAACACACGCAACGCAAGAGAAAGAAGAAGGUGGCCCAUGCAUAUCCACCAAAUUCAGUUAAUAGUGAACUGCAAAAUAUCCAGACGAAAGGCAGGUCGAGCUCCGAAGGCCCUACAUUACAACCAAAGCAAAAUAGCUUGAUUCCCAAUGGAACAAAUGGACAAAAUGUGACACUGGUCUCAUCACCUACCUCACGGUUGUCCAGCCAUGACUUUGGCAAUGACGUAAACCACAGGGAGAUUUCAAGGAGAAAUGUGAUUGGUAAUUCUCCUACCACUUCAUCCACAAUAGCUUCUCAAUGUCACUACUCAAACAUCUCAACCCACUCACCUCCUCUCUCCUCUGAUGUACAGAGGUUGAACCCUUCUUAUCCUUAUGGACCACACUCACAGUCAGCCCCCUCUCAAAACAUGAACGUUCCCUCUUGUUCCACUGAUUUGCCCCCCUCAACCACCAGAGACAAUAGUCUGUCCCCUCCAGAUAAUGUCACAGUGUCAGAUCUGUACAACCACCAUACACCAAACUUGCACAACAAACCUGCCGUAACUCUGCAAGACAGAAAUACUUUGCUCUUGAAUCUCCUUGUAACAAAAGACACAUGGAAUAUUGACCAAAGCAUUGAAUUUAUGGGCUGCCAUGGCUCUAUUAUUCAAGGGCCCCCUAACAAAAGUGUACAGACACACAGAGCAGUUGCAGUCGUACCUCCUAUAUCAAAGCAACCUGGAGAUGGUGGCAAAGGGAAGGAAUGGGAUGACGCCCUUCCUAUCAACUGUGCACAGCAACUGCGUUCUCUUGCUGAUGACAAGAAAAUCAAGAAGGCCAUUGUUUUGCCUUUUGACACUGACAGUGCUGCUGUGAGGAAAACAUGUGUGAAGUCUGCAGAGGUUGGCUGUCGUCCUGAAGCUGAUGUCACUGAUGAGUCUGCAGUCUGCCACAACUUGAAUUCUCUCAAUAGCCUGUCCCCUGAAAACAAAGAUACUCCCAAGGACCAGAACAAUGAAGAGUUAUGUGGACCAGAUGUUUUCUUUGGCAUGCCUAUAGUGACGUUCAGUCUGAAAAUGGUGAAGAUAUUGGUGAUAGCCAUGGAGUUGAAAGAAGAGGAAGAAAGGGAAAAAAAUGAAAGCAGAAUGAACAACAAACCAGAAUUUGCAGAUGCUGUACUUGAUCUUUAUUGGGCUGGCAAAUAUCUCAACUACACUGUAGCAGAACUAGACGGUACAUUUGAAAAUAUAUUGAAGGAGGCUGCAAAGCUUGACACAAAAGAAGAUAAUAUGGUGUUUGAUGUCAUGGACGUGGAGAAUUUAAAUCAGCUGAAGCAAAAGGGCCAUAUUCUUACCAAUUGUUUUGAUUGUGACAUAGCCACAGAGUUAAAUAAAUCAUCGUGGAGAAAUGUAAAUGAUGAAUCAUUGGACAUUGACAGAGAAUUGGCAGAUGAAGAUUUUACAAGAGAAAUCUGUGGAUCAUUGCUGGAACAUUGUAAUCUAAAGUCACAGGAAAGACACUUGCUCAAUAGCAUCCAAGCCCCAGAUACCACAUCUCCCCAUGAGGACAGUGUGUCUCUGUCCAUCCUCACCACUGCGAAAAGACACAGCUUCUUUGCACAAUGAAAACUGUACAGCCAAAGCUGAGCAGACUAAACAUGUCAAACCUGAAAGUCAAGAUGAUCCUAGACAAAAAGUGACAGUCUCCACCACCAACAACAGUGAUAGACAAAGUGUUUCAAAAAAGGAAAACAAGGAAGAUGAUGUCUCCCUUCAGGUUUUAAUGUCUUUAAGAAAUCUCAAUAGACAUUCAUAUAAAAAAUCAGAUGCUGCUGACACUCAGAAGGACACAGUGUUUAACAUUCUCGAGAUGUCUGAGGAACAAACCUCACAACAUUGUUUAAGAAUAGGAUCAGAAAGCACAGCUGUUCUUAAAAUUAAAAAUUCAUCCUCACAAGAUUCUGUGGACUCGGGUCAUAACAGCAGAGACUUGGAUCAUGAGAUGAAUGUGCCUGAAGAAGGUUUGAAAUUGUCUGAAAGACUCUGUGAAGAGGUGGAAACAUCAGAAAAGGACUAUUCAGUGAGCCCAGCUGAUACGAUGUUGUCCAUCAAAUUAACUGCUUUGUCAUCUGAGAAAGAAGAUAAGGUUGAUUUUGAAAAUGUACAUCAGGACCUCAUUAGUUCUCCACAGACAGAUCCGCCAUCACCUAGCAAUGAGCAUUCAUAUGAGUCCCCGAAGAGUCCAGAUGAACCCAUGCUGUCAAUGAAAAUAACAGUGUUGUCAAUGGAGGAGUUUAAAGCAUUGUCAAAAGAAUUAUGGGUAGACUCUGAUGACAGUGUACACAAUGUUGCUCCGUCUUCUCCCAUUUGUCUUGACAGUGAAGAUGAUGAUCUGGAGGUGGACUUGGAGCACACUUUUAAGACAAUUGGAAAUUUGAGUCAAAUGAUGAAACAAGAAAAGAUUACUACAUUUGAAGAAGAGAUUCCAUCCUUUCCCUCCAUAGAGCAAGUGUUGAAACAGUGUGAAAUACAGACAAGUAGAACAGCUACAAAAGGGCUACCUAGUCCUCUUAAAGAUAGCAGGAAGGAGAAGGACACUCUGGAACAUCAACUUCCAUCCCAAGAUGCUUGCAGAAAGGACCAUGCUCUGACAACCCAUCAGGGAGCCAAGUCCCCUGGACUAGAGAUUCAUAUUCCUCACUCAUCAUCAUCCAGGGGGAUUAAAGCCAGCUCUCCCAUCUCUCCAUCUGCUCCCAUAAGGACAACAAACUCUGAUGUAAUGAAGGAAUCAAGUUCACUGGAGGCAGAAAGAUCAAGUAAUGAUCACGAGACCAGCAUCCCCACCAGCACUCUCCAGUCAGUAACCCUCAAAAAAUGUAGAAUGGAACCACUCGAAAAUUGUGAGAAUUCAAAGUUGACAGAUGUCCUGUGUCCAUCAGGCCAUUCACCCCUGAAAGUGACUAAGAAAUCUAAUAACUCCCAAAAGAUUGUUACAGACAUCACAAAGACACCAGACAAUAAAAGGCAUAUAGAUAAUGAUGUAAGCCUCAAUAAUACCUCAAGGGAGAAUGUUCUGAAUCUAGCAAGUACUUCAGAAAAUCCAGAAUUGCCAAAGUCUUCAGGUGUGCACAGGAAAAGAAAACGUGUAACGUUUAAGCUGUAUGGAUCCCAAAAAGUAGAUUCUAAGGAAGCAAAUGGAAUGGAUCAGUAUCACACAAAUUGUGACCGUAAUUUGCCUCCUCUACUUAAUAUUUUGUAUUCCCCUGACCAGACAUCUGCCAGGGACAAGAUCAGGAAAUGUUGGGGGGACAGUUUUGUGCCCACUCCUGUCAAAUGCAGAAUACUGUCAAGCUCAGAAGAUAAGAACAGGGAAAAGAAUGUGCCUGAAAGACCAGUAAAUCACUAUAAAUUACCUAGAAAGGACCAGGAAGAGCAGCAGCGAUCAUCUGACAAUGAACCCCAGUCAGAAAGGAAAUCGUCUGGCAAAGACAAGGAUAAGCAGCAGCAGCGAUCAUCCAGCAAGGAGCACCGGUCAGAUCACAGAAAGCGUAAACACAGGUCCUUCAGUCUAGGCGAAUUGAGACGGGAAGCUGAGAGGAGGAACACAUCCAAAAAAUCUCUGCAAGAAAAGCAAGACAUGGGACUACAUGUGAUUAAACGGUAUCAGCAGAUUCACAUGAAAGUGUGACCAAGAAUAACGACGAGUGAUAGAAAAUACUGAUAAUGAGAUUUAUUGAAAUUGCACCAGGAUGGGCCAAUUGUAUUCUGAUUUGUCUCAUAUCUGGAGGUGUAGUAAAUAAUCUGUCAUAUUGGAUUACUGUCUUGCCUGGUUGUUGGUAUGUAGCCCAGCAUUUUUAUAUUUUUAUGUUGUAUGUUUUAUAUUUGUUUUAUAUUUUAUAUUUGUUAAUACACUAUGCAGCAUAUUGUUGAUUGUUGACACCAUGUUACACCUUCAGGUUAAGGUUGAAUGAUGUCAUUUUUUACUGUUUGUUUUUUAUGGAUAUUUUUUAUCAACAACGUCAUGUCAAAUGUGUUUUUAUACAGUACAUAUUUUUUUAAAUAAAGCAAUACUGCAGCAACAUAAAGGAUAAUGCCCUAGCUAACAAACGUUGCGCUUGUACUGAAUGACCCAGAUCAAGGAUAAGAAUUUCCAGAAGAACAAAGGUGAAAAGUAAAUUACAUUGAAAAGUAGUGUUGGCAGUAAUAAAACACACAUAAUGUUGUUAUCUGUUAUUUUCGGAUGAUGACGAGAACUCGAGCACUCUGGUAAAACCCGAUCCAAGAAGACACAAAGAGACUGAAGAGAGCUGCCGUUGACCACAAAGUUUAAUUCACAAGUACUGUGCGAACAGAGAUGUGUCGUAAUGGGCAAGUCCCCAUGUACAGGAGUGCAUAAACUUUAGGGGAACAGGACAACGUGCUCUUACCGCAGAGUGGUACAUAGGCCUUCACUGGAAAACAUUUUUACACUCCAUAAAUUAUUUGCCUAAAAGUUAGAUUAUUGCAAAGUGGAUAGAAAAGAGGAUGUGAAUGCUUAGACGAACGUCUUACUAUAUAAAAUGUAUUUAUACAACCCCAAAACAGAAAAAGCUGGGUUGUUGUGUAAAAUGUGAAUAAAAACAGAAUAUAAUAAUCUGCAAAUCUCUUCAAUUUAUAUUUAGU